AACCUGGAACUGUCCUAUCUACUGAAUGUUUUUUGCAGCGAAAAUACUAUUAAAAUUGCCCAAUGUUACAACUGGGAUCAUAGGCAAAACCAAGACUAUUUAAUUAACCCAAGGAUUUCCCUGCCCAUCCAAUGUAAACUUCUGUUCUGUUUCUUUCUUUUAUUAAAUGAAUGAUGCACUCGGUAAAAAAGUACAGGAAAAGUAACUUCAGUGAAAGACAGAUUAGAACAUUAGUUUGCACGUUUGCAGACAACAAGAUAUUACUUCUAUCGAAACACAGCACAACUUUUAUAAAUGAAAAAAAGGCGGCUGUUUGGAAAGAAAUCACUGAUGCAGUAAAUGAAAAUGGCCGGGUGCACAGAACAGUUAACAACUGCAAAAAGAAGUGGUUGGAGUUAAAGAGACGUGCCAUUCUGUACGACGGUUCGAGGAAACAGCCCGAGAGUGAUGGCAGCCCCCCGCCCGAGAAGCCGUGGUAUGUGGACUACAUACUGGAUAUUUUGGGAGAGGAUUACAGUGAAAUUAAUGGUGGAGGGGAAUCUGAAGAAACCGAACAAGUUGUUGUAAAGUACGAUACAGACCAAGUUAUCUCUGCAUUGCUUGAAGAUGAAAAAAACCGAGAUGUUAAGAACUGGGAUACAGAAGUGUCGUCUGGAUUGUCUCCGCAAUGUCAGACAGAGGCAGCAGAAGGAAACACAAAUGAGGUUUCACCAUUUGCAGUGACUGUAAGUGCACGACCGGCACAGAACACAGAAUUUGAUGACAGCAUCCAUGGGGUCGACAGUGUAGCAGCUACUGCAUCUUGUUCAUGCCAGACAAUCGGGGAACCUGCAGCAUUGGGUCACAUGAAAAGAAAAAGGUCUUCCAGUAUUAAUGUUAACUCCAGUUUGGAAGGAAAAGCCUCACCAGAAGAUUUGAUAGACUUGGAAAUAAAGAAACUUCGAUUGGAAUGUGAACUCCUGAACCAAAAACAAAAAACACAUGCGGAAGAAGUUAAAGCGAAAGGGGAGAGAGAAGAUGUUGAAUUGGAAAUAUCAAAGUUGCAGUUACAAAGCGAAAAGGUUCAGUUACAGCAGCACCAAGCAACAUUGUAUAAGACGAACUUGGAAAUUCGUCUGCUUGAAAAACAGUUAAACAUGCCAACUACAGACGUAAUGCCUCUAAAAGAAACUGUGCACACAGAGGAUGUGGAGUAGGAGUAAAGUCGACAGUCAUCGGGCCCUGUGUUUAUAAUACACCAUACAAAUUGCAUUAGGGCUCGUACUGUCAGUAGCCAAAUUAGCCCUUGGCUAGUAACACUUGGAAAUGGCUAAAAUUUCUAUCUUCUGAUGUGAAUGAAUGGUUACAUAAUCUAACAUAUAUUACCUAUUGUCCGAACCAAAUUGUUAACAACUACAAAAAAUUACUCUCCUA